UUAGCUGAUUACCUACUUGACAGACAUCAUCGAGCAUGCCUGAUCUUCGAGCUCUUGCGCGAAGCUGUCCGCCGGCCUCCAUUGCUGACGAUCUCCUGGCGAUCAUCAACGCUCAACUUCGAUCAUUCCUCACCGCACCCGAUCCAAAGGAGACCUCCGAUGACGUCUUACAAUACGUCGCAAUCGGGCUCAACAUCCAUGCCAGCAGGUCCUUGCGAAACUUGGGAACGCUUCCUCCAGUCAGGGUCGAUCUUUUGCCUCUAGAAGCCCUGGUAAAGCUGGUCGACCUAGCCCCUGAUGCUCUCGAUGAUGUCCUCCCGACAUUCAUCCUAGAUGCCAUCUUGGCCUAUCCUACCCAUGUCUCUACGGUCAGGCAACUGGUGACCAGUGCUCUCAAGGAUAAUGCAGCAUUCGGUACGGCACUCAAGCAAGAGGUCAUCGAGGCGACCGUGCGAUUGCUAGAGCGAGAAAACUCCAGGGUGCUCAAGUGCGAAAAGGGGCAAGAUCCCGGCGAAUCCCAUAUCCCCAGACUCGCCUAUUCUCUCUUCAUCUACGCUCGAGCACAUCCGAAUAUGGCAGCGGCCAUCGUCGAGGCGAGGAACUUUUUCGGCAUUCUCAAAGUUAGCUACGAGGUCGUAUCCGGUCUACCUUUGACAUCGCUCGAUGCGACCCGGAAGAUACAGACCAAAAGCCAUCUCUUGCUCCUCUUGCAUACUCUAUUGGAGCCCUUGCCUCCUUCGGACAGGGAAUGGAAGUUGGAGAUGAUCGACGAGCAUGGGGAAAACGAAGGCUCGGAUACACUCGUAAACACGGGGAUCUGUCAUGACUACAACGUCCUCUUCGCGCAGCAAGACGGCCAAGCAGCCAUGGACCUUUCGUCUGGCGAGAGCGGGAAACAGGCUAUCGGGGAGAAGCAGAUGGAUGCGCUGAGGUCACUUAGUUCCGGGAUGAAGCUGCAUACGCACCGAGAAGACGAGUCGGUCAUGAUCAAGCACCGGAUUGCGCCCAUCCUCGUUCUCUUCCCCGACAUGCCUCCCGAGCUCUUACAUGAAGCUCUGCGUCAUCCUCGGUUCGCUCAUUACAAAAGCGAGAACGGCGGCGAAGAUGAUCCGGUGACCGUGUUGACCAACGCCAUGCUAGACAGCACAUUACCCUCCGAGCUGAAAGAGCUGGGCCGACGUGUACGAGCUGUCACGCAGGGUGAGGAGAGAGAGGGGGCUAGUCGUAAUGCCUCGGCAGAGGGUAGCAGGGAGAGGAGUAGACAGCCUAGUCCGGAAAAGACGGCCAGGAAGACGUUCAAGCGAGACAACAUCUUCAACGAUAUGCCCAUGGACUUUUCUAAACUCAGCUUUGGAAAAGGAAAGAAUGACGACGACCUGGACUCGUACACUAAUGCAGUACCUGACCACAUUCGUCAGUCUAUCAUCCGUCUGACCGAACAACAACGUUCGGAAGAAGAAGCCGAACGCGAGCUUGAGCAUGAAGAGGCGAAAGCGAGACGAUCGAGAUCCGCCGUGGCAGGACCUUCCAAGGCAAAGGAGCCUAGGAUCAGAACUGUCGCUUUCGAAGAGGAACUCGAUGAGGAUGAUCUACUAGAUGACGAGACGGACGCGUUGGAGGCGCGUGUACGACUGAACCUCAGGGAGGGAGAAGAGGGGAGCAGUGAUGGGGAGAGUUAUGUCAAUUCCGAAGAAGAUGACGAUGUCGGCGCGGGGGGGACGGAGGAUGUGUAUCUGGAGCAGCUGUACCUACAGAAUCCGAGCGCGUUCGAGCGGAAUGCUGCGACGAGGAGGAGCAAAAUGCGCGAACAGAUGCGUCAGCAGACGGGUUGGAGCGAUGAACAGCUGGAGGGUUGGAAGAUUAUGCUUGAGAGAAAUCCUUUGAAAGACAAGAUCUUGAGUCGUCAUGGCGACCCAAGGGGUAACCGAGCGCCUGCCGAUCGCAGCGGUAACCAACCGAAUCGAGGAGGCGGCGGUGGAGGUGGUGCAAGGGGAGGUGGUCACGGUGAUAGAGGUCGAGGCGGGAGCGGAGGAGGUCGCGGUGGAGGUGGCGGUCGUGGCAGGGGCGGUGCCAACAAGAGCAGCAGGGGUCAUCAGAAUGCUGCCAGGACUAGAGGGCAUGACCGCAAGAUGGCCAAGAUGGGUGCUGCCUAGCUUGCUCCGGUAUACUUGUCAUGAGAGAGAGAGACCGUUAUAAUGCAUAUUCGCAUAGAAUCAUCAUCAUGCGU